AUGGCUGCCUACGGAGUCGAUAUCACAUUUUCCAUCAGGUUCGUUAUCAUUUUUCCGGGUUCUUUUUCAGAAAAGAGUCUUCCAAAGGCGCAAGAACAAAAGUUUCGUUCAGAAAUGCACGCUUCUACCCAUCGGCCGACGGAGUUCGCAUCCGCGUUUUCAGUCUGGACAGAGAAAAUGAAAUUGUGGAGCAAGUGGCGGAAACGGAGACUAUUCACGGACAAACUGAUCCGAAUUUUACGGAGAAGAUGAAUGUGAACUUCAGAUUCGAACGAAUGCAGAGAUAUCGAGCAAUUCUGUAAGAUUUCACACUGAAAAAUUGAGCAAAUUUUGAUUUUUUUUAAAGCUACGUGAUCAACUCCUCGACGAACACAGUGAUGGGCUCCAUGGGCUCCGCAGACUUCGAUCUCUCGAUGAUGUUUGCCUGCGGAGGCCGUCUUUCACUCCCGAUUCCCUCUCCUCUCGCCACGGUUUCCCUCGAGAUCACUGCAAAAGUGCCGGAUUACUACUCCCAAUUCAUCCGUCUUCGCUUCUCCGGAAAUCACAUUCAUUCUCCGGACGGCCUGCCUCUUCAGCUCUAUUUCAUUGUUUCCAUUCCUGCCGAAGGUCGACACAUCAUGCUGCACAAAUCGGAAAUGAUCAGAGAAACGAAGAGUCCCGAGUGGGCGGCGUUCAGUGUCCCUCUGUUCCUUUUGAAUUACUUCAACGAGUCGUCCGUUCAGAUAUUCGUUUACAAUUACACUCCGAAUCACAAUGAUUCGCUCAUAGGGCAUUGUACGACGACGUUGACGCAAUUGCAGAGAGGAGUAGGACAUUUCAACUCGUACAUGGUAAGAGCACCCCGAAAAGGCAUCGAAAUCCAGUAGUUUUUAAGUUAAUGGAAGCAAAUGGAAAAAGAUUACACGAGAAGACGUGCGUCGAACUGAAAGAGAUCACAUUGGAGAACGGCCCCACUUUCUUCCAAAUGCUCGAGAGCAAGUAAGUCAUUAAUACUGUCCUCAGAUUCUGAGUUCUGAAUUACCUCUGAUUUCAGUGUGAAGCUGCAGCUGACCUCCGCAGUCGAUCUGACCGCCUCGAACGGCAACCCGGUGCUGCCCGCUUCCCUUCAUUACAUACAUCCCCACCAGCCAUCCGCAUACCUCAAUGCCCUCCUCCAAACGACUCCUCCCCUUCUCGCUUAUCUUCCGAAUCCCCAUAAUCCACUAAUUGGAGCACUCGGAUUCGGUGCAAAGGUUCAGGGACCCGGAGGUGCUCUCCAGCUAUCUCAUUGCUUCUGCUUGGUCAGUUUUUCAUGAGUUCUCCCAAGAAAACCGUCAUCUUCAGAGUGGAGCCCCGGCGGAUCCGAAAGUCGAAGGGCUGACCGGGUUGAUCAGUGCGUAUCGGACCGCUACAAUGGGUCUCCAGCCGUUCGCUCCCACAGAUUUCUCGGAGAUUAUAUACUUUGUUUCCAAGUAAAUUUACAGUGAAAUAGAUAUUGGAAAGCAAAUCCCUUUUUCCAGAUUCGCCAAGGCGGAAUCUCGUCGCCACGUAGGCCUUUACUUCGUUCUUCUGAUCUACUCGGACGGCGGACCCGCAAAUGCUCUCAAUAUGAAACGGACGAUAGAUGCCGUCGUGGACGUCUCAGCUCAUCCUAUGAGCAUAGUUGCCGUGGGAGUUGGCGCCGACAGAGAUCACAGUCCGAUGAGGAGUCUAGAGAAAUUAACACUCAAACACUCGGACGGACGACUUCUAGUCAGACAAGUACGUAUUCAGAUGAGAAAUUAUGAAUUAGUCUGAUUUCGCAGAAUUACACAUACGUGGACGCCGCCGAACUCGAAUCCAGCGACGCAUUGGCCAUGAUACCCGUUCAAGCAGUUCAAUGGAAACGACUCUUUCAUUUUAAUCCUUAA